CUUUCUAGCUUUCUCCUUCCUUAGUUCCAGUGUGUUCCAAAAAGGGGACUGGGUACCUGGGGCUUUGAGGGACGUGUAGGAGCCCACUGGGCUCCUUAUGGGCCCAAUGGGGCUGCUAUUGGCAGGCCUGCGCCUGUUCUCCCUCCUUGUGCUGUCCUGCUGGGGCGCCUCCUGUGCCUGCGGUGGGUGCUGCUUCCAGGACCUGCCUUUCGGGGGCCCGGAUUCAGGGUCCCCUGCAGAUUCUGCCUUAGGCCCCAAGGACCUGAGCUGCUACCGAGACUCCAGCUCCGAGUACCGCUGCUCCUGGAGCUAUGAGGGGCCCACAGCCGAGGUCCGCCACUUCCUGAGGUGCUGCAUGGAUACCAAGCGCUGCUGCUACUUUGCGGCCCACCAGGACACACAGGUGCACUUCUCAGAGCAGGAUGGUGUGUCAGUGCUGUCCAACGUCUCACUCUGGGUAGAGACUUGGGUCCGGAACCAGACGGCAAGAUCGUCUGGACUCACGCUGACGCUCUACAACUGGGUGAAAUACGACCCUCCUGCCAAAGAGGCCAUCAAGGUGAACUGGAGCCCGGAGACGGAGACGCUGAGGAUGGAAUGGAAGGCCCCGGAGGAGGCCCAGGACAAGGCCCAUGUGCAGCUCCAGCGCCGGACGCCCCGCGGCUCCUGGCAGUUAAGAAAGGUGACCCAGCUGCUGGUCAAGAGCGACUGUGGACCUCCUGCUGCAGCCAGCCUAGAGUCCUGCUCGUUCCCCCUGGACCCGGAGGCGGCCCAGGAGAUCCAGAUCCGGCGGCGGCGCCUGGCCUCGUCCGGGGCCCCGGGAGGCCCAUGGAGCGACUGGAGUCAGUCGGUGUGCGUCCCCCACGGCACCCUUCCGCCCCCCAACGUGACCUUCAAGGAGGAGCCGCUGGGCCCUGAGGGGAGGCGCAGGGUAACCGUGCUGGACCAGGUGAAGCCGGGCCCCGGGGGUCCAGACAGCCGUGGAGGUGGAGAUUUGGGGUCCGAAAGAGAUCCGCUGCAGCCGGAGCCCCCUGAGGGCUGCGGGGACCCUGAUUCUGGCGCGCAGGUCAUCCACCAAGUGAGCGUGCACAUGCGCUCCUGCUGCCUCCAGCCGCGGCCCGGGCCGGUCCGCACCGGGCGCCUACAGUGUGGACGGGCCCGCCGCACCCGGCGCCGGAAGCUCGAAUUCCACCUGUCCGGGGCCGCCUACGACCUGGCCGUCUUCUCCUGCAGCCGCUUCCACCUAGGGCACAACCGGACCUGGAAGCUUCCGGCCCGGGACCCUGCAGAGCGCGGAGUGCUGAACCUGAGGGCCGGCGCUGAGGGCUCGGGGCUCGCCUCCCUGCAGUGGGCCGCGCGGGCGCCUGGUACCACAUACUGCAUGGAGUGGCAGCCUCACGGCCAGGACGGUGCCCCCGGCCACUGCGAGCGGAUCACUCCGCUGGACGGCGACCAGGCGGGCAUGGUGAAACACAGUUGGGCUGUGGCGUCUGGGGACCUGGGGCAGGAGCAGUGCUACAAAGUCUCCGUCUUCGCUUCCGCGUUCCCGAAAAAGACCACGUCCUGGGCCUCGGUCGUGUCCAGCUACUACUUCGGGGGCAACGUCUCGGCGGCGGGGACCCCGCAGCGCGUGUGGGUGAACAGCCUGGGCGGCUCGGCGGCCGUGGUGUCCUGGACAGAGUCCAAGCUCCGGGCCUGCCCCGGAGCCCUGCAUCGCUACCUGGUGCGCUGUGGGGACGACGCGGGGGGCGUGGCAGAGCUGCUCGUGAGCCCCUCCGAGACGCGCGUCACCCUUCAGGGCCUGCGGGCGGGUGUGGUGUACUCCGUGCAGGUGCGCGCGGACUCAGCCUGGCUGCCAGGCACCUGGAGCCCGCCCCAGCGCUUCCGCCUGGAGACCCAGAUCUCCCGUGUGUCCGUCAUCCUGGCAUCUCUGGGCAGUUUCGUGAGCAUCCUCUUCCUGGGUGCUUUGGGGUACCUGGGCCUGAGCAGGGCACUGUGGCACCUGUGCCCUCCCCUGCCUACACCCUAUGCCAGCACCGCAGUGGAGUUCCCUGUCAGCCAGGGUAAGCAGAUUUGGCAAUGGGGCGGCCCCGGGGACCCCGAGGCAUACCCAGAGGAGACCCUGGUGGUGACAUCACAGGACGAGGCUGAUGGCAUCAAGGCUCUGGAGCGACAGGGUGCCACGGAGGAUGGAGAACAAGGCCACCAGGAGGCCCAGGGCCCCUCUCAGGAGACUGAGCUCUCACUGCUCAGCGCAGACCAAGGCAGGGUGAUUCCGACUGUGCUGACCCUGGGUGGCCCUGGACUGAAGAGGAAGAGCCAGCAUCCGCUGCCUCAGUCCCCAGGCCAGAACCCUGACCGCUGUGGUGUCCGAGCUGGUUAUUAAGCACUCACUGCAUGGGGGACUGACCUGUAGAGCCAGGAGUGGGCAUGAUCCCUGUCCACCCCAA